CAAUUCCAAAGAAGAUAAGAAUAUUAUAGAAUAAGUUUCAGUGGAACCCUGCUAAACUGCAAAAAAUAUAUAUUCAAGCCGCUUCACGGAUUAGUUUACAUAAAAAUCACUUCCAAACCAAAUGGUAUAAAGAUAUAAGAUGAUCUUACUCGGAAGUACUUAGUGAAUUGCUCAAUAUGCGCAUCGAGCGCAGCCUUGACUCUCUUUAGAACGCAGCAGGUAAUCUCGCGAUAACAGCACAGAUCUUGUUCUCGGAAAGGAGGGAGUUCGAAGUUAUGCUAGCUAGCUGUUGUUACUAUCUAUAACUACCCAACUAGUCAACUUUUUAAACGUCAAGUUCCAAGAAGCUACAGCAACCUUGUAAACAGUUGACCAUGGACAUCGUAGCUCCUGUAAAUGUUGGUCUCUCUCUUAUAGAAGCUACAGCAACCUUGUAAACAGUUGACCACCAUGGACAUUGAGGAUGACACAACGGUGUUCUCCACUCUGAAGUCCUUUAAGAGUUUCAUCUCUCUUCCGGACACGUCUCGGAACCAGAGAGAACCCGCCCCGGUGCAGAGCCACGUCCUACAGAACCAGUACCUGCAGAGAUUACAGUUGCUGGAGGCAGCAGAGAAGGUUCAGUCUAAGACCCAGCUGAUCCAGAUGGACCAGGAGAAGAGACAGAUGGAGAUCAGUCACAAGAGAGCACGCAUCGAACUGGAGAAGAACGCAACGCUGAGCGCUAGGGACUUUGAGCGUGAGGUGGACCGUAACCAGGACCUGCUGGGACGAAUCAGACGCCUGGAAGAGAGGGAGGCGGAGUCUAGCCAGAGCCUAUCGGAAAAGGCAGAGGCAAACCGUGCUCUACAUCGGACCCUAGAGUCUCUCAACAGAAGGGUGGAGGAGAGGGACGGAUGGCUCAACACCUCUAACCAGACUGUGAGCGGUUUAAAGGAUGAGAUCCGGGACCUGAAGCAGCAGGUCCAGACGCGGGACAACACCAUCUCUAACCAGACACUGGAGAACCAGGGACUACAGGAACAAGUGGAGCUACAACACAGGAAGUACCAGGAAGUGUCUCAGCGGUGCCAGGCCCUCCAGUUAGCAUCAUCCACCUGCUCCGACCAUGAACUCAAGAUUAAGGAGUUGGAGAGGAAGUUGGCUCUGCAGGAACAGGAUGUUGUCAUAGUGAAGAACAUGAGGUCAGAGGUCGCUAGGGUCCCAGAUAUGGACAAGGAGCUCCGACAGCUAAGAGAGGAGAAUGUUUACCUCAGGGAGACGAGGGAGAACGUGAUCCUGCUGAAGGAGGAAACGGAGGGUUUGAGACGUAAGGUAGAACGGAUGGAGAAGAUGAAAGAGGAGAUGGUGAACGUGGAGCUGGAGAAGGAGAAACUGUCUCAGAAACUGCAGGCCUGGGAGAACCUGGGACAGUCUACUGGACUCAACAUACGGACACCAGAGGAUCUGUCCAGAGAGGUGAUUCAGAUCCAACAACGAGAGAUCGCUGUCAAACAACACAACUACACUCUCACCAGCAGCUGUAGGUCAGUGGAGCGGUCUAAGGCUGACCUCCAGGGGGAGCUGUUGUCGCUACGUUCUAAAUCUCUGGAAGAACAGAAGAAGAGAGAGACCCAGGAAUCCCUGGUCAGACGACUACAGAAGAGAGUGCUGCUGCUCACCAAGGAGAGGGAUGGGAUGCGCGCUAUCCUGGAGUCCUAUGACAGUGAGCUGUCUUCUAGUGACUACACUCCUCAACUCAGCCGCAGACUCAGAGAGGCAGAAGAUGUACUGACCAAGACUCAGAACCACAAUACAGAGAUGGAGGUUCUGUUGACUAAAGCCCAAGAGGAGGCUGGGGCCCUCAAACUACAAGUACAGACUAUGGAGUUGGAGCUGGAGGUUAUGAAGAAGCAGCAAGACUCCGUCGCCGAGGGCAACCCCUUAGCAACGAACGAGGAAGUCAACACACUCCGGCUGAAGAUUGAGGAGUUGGAGGGAGAGCGACAACGUCUGGAAGAACAGAACAAUGUUCUAGAGCUGAGGCUGGAGAGACACAACUUACAGGGAGACUACAAUCCGGUCAAAACCAAAGUCCUGCACUUCAGUCUGAACCCUACGAGCAUGGCCAAACAGCAGCGUGUGGAGGAAGUGGAGGCGCUGAGGGCAGAAGUGGAGUGUUUGAGGGAACGCCUCCGCUCACUGCAGACAGGGGGCGCUAUCCCUCUUGCUGCUGCUGCAGGAGAGACCAGCCUCAGUCUGCCUCCCUCACAGGAGGUCCUGGAUCUGCGUAAACAGAUGGAAACAGCUGAACUGAAGAACCAGCGGUUGAAGGAGGUGUUCCAGAGGAAGAUUCAGGAGUUCAGGACGGUGUGUUAUGUUCUGACAGGCUAUCAGAUAGACAUCACUACUGAGAACCAGUACAGGCUGACCUCUGUCUACGCUGAACACAUGGACGACUCUCUACUGUUUAAGUCCAGUGGAGGUGCUGUGGGCAGUGGAGGCAGUAUGCAGCUGAUGGAGACAGACUUCAGUCGGACCCUGAGAGAGAUGGUGGACCUCCACCUGCACCACCAGAAGAGCAUCCCAGCCUUCCUCUCUGCUGUGACACUCGACCUCUUCAGCCGACAGACCACGGUCUGAUUUGACCCUCGACCUCUUCAGUCGACAGACCACGGUCCGACUUGACCCUUGACCUCUUCAGCCGACAGACCACGGUCCGACUUGACCCUCGACCUCUUCAGCCGACAGACCACGGUGCAACUUGACCCUCGACCUCUUCAGCCGACAGACCACGGUGCGACUUGACCCUCGACCCCUUCAGCCGACAGACCACAGUCUGACUUGACCCUCGACCUCUUCAGCCGACAGACCACAGUCUGACUUGACCCUCGACCUCUUCAGCCGACAGACCACGGUCCGACUUGACCCUCGACCCCUUCAGCCGACAGACCACCGUCUGACUUGACCCCACCCCCGGGGUUGAGGGUGUCCUGUGAUGUUAUAUGACCCGUGACCUCAUUGUUUGAAAUGUGAUGUCAUUGCCUUGACCUCUUCACAUAAUGGUUAAGGUUAGGAUUGGGGGUUAGCUGAUCCUAGAUCUGUCAUUGUUUUCCCAACCUGUGAUGUCGUCAUGUGACCCCCCCCCCCCCGAGGUGACCUACUACCUCACCUAUCUGACCUGUGACGUCAUGGUCUGAUUGACAGCUGUGCGACGGACUCUGAGGAUAAUAAUCUAAAGUUAAAUAAACGGAGUCUGUCUAGACUCUCCACAGGAAGUUACACCUUUACAACAGAAUAUCAUUAUAGAUGUUUCUCCACAGGAAGUUACACCUUUACAACAGAAUAUCAUUAUAGAUGUUUCUACACAGGAAGUUACACUUUUACAACAGAAUAUCAUUAUAGAUGUUUCUCCACAGGAAGUUGGAUGUGUGUGAUGGAGGUGUUUAGGAUGACGUUAUUACCUUUACAACAGAAUAUCAUUACUGCUAGAUGUGAUGGAGGUGUUUAGGAUGACGGGGAGAAGAGGAAACAAGGGACUUUUGUUGACAUCACACUUCAUUACGUUAAUUCUCUUAGUCUGUCACAAAUGCCACCCUAUUCCCUACAUAGUGCACUUAAAGAGCCUGAAAGUAGUGCACUACAAGAGCCUGAAGGUAGAGCACUAUAUAGGGAUUAGGGUGACAGCCUGUGUCUUUAUAUAGUGUUGAUCUCUGUAACCUUCAGUCAGAUGUUCUGUUAGUGUUUCUCUACUUCCUGUGUUGAUCUCUGUAACCUUCAGUCAGAUGUUCUCUUGUUGUUUCUCUACUUCCUGUGUUGAUCUCUGUAACCUUCAGUCAGAUGUUCUCUCGUUGUUUCACUACUUCCUGUGUUGAUCUCUGAAACCUUCAGUCAGAUGUUCUCUUGUUGUUUCUCUACUUCCUGUGUUGAUCUCUGUAACCUUCAGUCAGAUGUUCUCUCGUUGUUUCACUACUUCCUGUGUUGAUCUCUGAAACCUUCAGUCAGAUGUUCUCUUGUUGUUUCACUACUUCCUGUGUUGAUCUCUGUAACCUUCAGUCAGAUGUUCUCUUGUUGUUUCUCUACUUCCUGUGUUGAUCUCUGUAACCUUCAGUCAGAUGUUCUCUCGUUGUUUCACUACUUCCUGUGUUGAUCUCUGAAACCUUCAGUCAGAUGUUCUCUUGUUGUUUCACUACUUCCUGUGUUGAUCUCUGUAACCUUCAGUCAGAUGUUCUCUUGUUGUUUCUCUACUUCCUGUGUUGAUCUCUGAAACCUUCAGUCAGAUGUUCUGUUAGUGUUUCUCUACUUCCUGUGUUGAUCUCUGUAACCUUCAGUCAGAUGUUCUCUCGUUGUUUCACUACUUCCUGUGUUGAUCUCUGAAACCUUCAGUCAGAUGUUCUCUUGUUGUUUCUCUACUUCCUGUGUUGAUCUCUGAAACCUUCAGUCAGAUGUUCUGUUAUUGUUUCUCUACUUCCUGUGUUGAUCUCUGUAACCUUCAGUCAGAUGUUCUCUUGUUGUUUCUCUACUUCCUGUGUUGAUCUCUGUAACCUUCAGUCAGAUGUUCUGUUAUUGUUUCUCUACUUCCUGUGUUGAUCUCUGAAACCUUCAGUCAGAUGUUCUGUUAUUGUUUCUCUACUUCCUGUUUUGAUCUUUGCUCGAAAGUUGUUUUCAACAGAAGGUUCAUAUGGCCUCAUGUUGGACACACAACCCGUAUGUCAUUUUAAACGGACACACAACUAUCAUCUUGUUAUUUUCUUGUAAAUGGAAAGUGGAGAAAAAGGUCGAACCUGAAUGAAUUGAUUUGCAAUUAGAACCAACAGCUCUAUCGCUUCUUACCUCUGAGUUUGUUUUGUUUUCUGAAUCCCAUUUCUGAGUCAAUCUACACUGAACAAAAAAAUAGAAACGCAACAUUGUAACAUAUUUAGCAAACAUUUCUCUACCAUGAGCCGCCUCCGAUGUCGUUUUUAGAGAAUUUGGCAGUACGUCCAACCGGCCUCACAACCACAGACCACGUGUUACCAUGCCAGCCAAGGACCUCCACGUCCGGCUUCUUCACCUGCAGGAUCGUCUGAGACCAGCCACCCGAACAGCUGAUGAAACUGAGGAGUAUUUCAGUGGCUGUGCCCAGUCAUGUGAUAUAGAUUAGGGCCUAAUUAAUGUAUUUAAAUUGACUGAUUUCCUUCUAUGAACUGUACCUCGGUAAAACUGUUGCGUUUAUCUUUCUGUUCAGUAUAAUUAUGACGUACGUGUGGAAUGUUAUUUCAGACAUGAAUUGAGUUAAUAAAGAACGAAUCCAACGAGA